AUGAAUUCCACACGUGUGUUCUUUAACAACGAAGAUACUGUUCCCCUCGUCGGUUAUCCACUCUUCCAUUCUGACUUCUACCACCUCGCUCCAUCCGCGCACAGUUCUGCAUUCCUCUUCAGAAGUAAUGAUGUAGCUAUACAGGGUUACAUUUUCUGUCUGACUUCCCCGACGCGACGUCUGUUCGGGUGUAAAGUCAAUGCAACUGCACAUCCCCCUGGUCUCCCCCCUGGCCGGUGGUUCCUCCAGCAGAGCACAUCCCGACGCCACCGACGAUGCGCCGGGGGUCAACGGGGCAAGUGUCCCUGCUGGGGAACCUCCUCCGUGGCGAGCCUGAGGAAGGAGCCACGGGGACCGCCUUUGUGUGCACUCCUCGGAACAGCCCUAGCCAAGCCCAGUGCUCCGGAAAUAAAAGAUGAAGAGAUGAUGGACCAUGGCAAAGACGACGAUGGAUGUUCUUGUAUGCAAAGCCAUGAUGUAGAUACGGAAGAGAUGUUUAGAAGUAUUCACAUGAAUGAUCACUACAAUGAAUAUGCAGAGGGAAUAACUCUUAAUGAAUUCAAACAAUUGGUGGUGGUGGAGACGGCAGAGAUGCUUAAGAAAAGUGCUCAAAGCGAUCAAGAAAUGGAAGCUAGAAUGCUCUGCGGGGGUGACUGUAUGCCUAGAUUCGCGAGAUCCAAGAAAACAUGCAACAGACUCUUGUUGGAAGGCUGGCCCCUUGCUUCGUACCAACCCACGUGCAUUAUGACCGCCUUGCAGAGAUUGUCUACCUGCUGCCGUGACAUGUUGAAAUAGCUAAAUUAUGUCGAUGGGUUAUCUCUGUAUAUAAUAAAAUGGAGUACCAUUUCAA